AGAACACACAGCAGCAGAUAACGGGCCGAGCGGAGGAGCACGCUGCGUCAGAUAUGGGCUCCCAACUGGACCUGCUGCUGCUGCUUACCUCAGCCUUCACCACAAACCUGAUUUCUGCAGACAGAUUCAUGGUGGUGGCUCCCAGUGUGUUUCACGUUGGGGUGAAGGAGACGGUGUUGGUGCAGGUGGGAAAAGCCCUGCUGAACAAACCUGUGACCUGUUACCUAGAACAGGAAGUAAAACGGGUUCUUAUGUCUGAGAAGAAAACUGUGCAGAUCACACAAAAGGGACAAUUCAGAGAACUGAACCUUCAGGUGACUACAGAUAAAGUAACGGAGCUGCAGUCGACCAAUGGGGAGCCACCAUACCUGAACCUGGUGUGUGAUGUUGGAGAAAAGGAAAGACAGAUCACCAGAGUGUUAGUCUCCCAACAUAGAGGAUACAUCUUCAUCCAGACCGACCAGCCCAUUUACAACCCCACCCAGCUAGUGCAGUACAGGGUUUUUGUUCUGAAUCACGCCAUGAGACCGACGUCAGGAAACAUACACAUACACCUUAUCAAUGCAGAAGAAAACACAAUCAAAAAGAUGCUGUUGAAAGUUGAAGACGGUAUUAUCUCCAAGAACUUCCGCAUUCCUGACAUUUCUCUGCCGGGUGUUUGGAAGAUCAAAGCAUUCCUCAGCGGUGAUGAGAAGAAUGCCACCGUCCGAGAAUUUAAGGUCCAAAAGUUUGUCCUUCCCAGUUUCAGUGUGUCCAUCAAGCCUGGUUCUGAUUAUCUCCUGCUGCAAAAGAACCUAAAGAGUACUCCUGAGGAAAGCUUCAUAUUGUCUAUCGAUGCUUCAUAUUCCUAUGGAAAGAAGAUCAGCGGAGGAUUCCACUGUAGGUUUGGUGUUAGACCAGACGGGUCCAACGACAUCAACUUCAUUAAGGGCCUGGAGAAAACUGGACCAGUUAGAGACGGAGAAGCCGAGGUGAGUCUGAAGCUGUCGGAUGUGUGGCUGAAAGUCCAGAGCGAGAUUGGAGAGGAUUUACCUGUAGAAGGAUCUCAUUUCUACAUCGCUGUUACAGUUACAGACAGAAUAAGUGGUGAGAUACAGGAGACAGAGAUGUUCCUCCCUAUCGAAUCCCAGCGUUAUCUAGUGGACCUGUCCCGAACACGAUCCCACUACAUCCCUCAAAUGCCUCUAGACGUUGUGGUUGUGGUGCGCACUGCAAGUGGCCUGCCUGCUGCAAACGUCCAGCUGAAAAUCGAAAUGGCCAACACUGCAGAGAAUUCUGUAAAUCGAAUCACAGACCAGGAGGGAACUGCAGUAUCACCCUUCAAUCUUAACCAAUCACCAUCAUUUGCAACUGUGGAGGUAACAGUGGACGGAAUAAAAUCAACAAAAAAGAUUCUCCCAGCCACGUCCCCCACCAACAGCUUCCUGUACAUUAACAUAAACAACAGAGUCAUCCCACAGGAACACAGCCUGGGUGUGGUUUUUAGUGUUGUCAAUGGCAAACCAGAGGAUAAUCACAUUUACUACAUGGUGGUCAGUAAAGGUGCUGUGGUGAACUCGGGUUCUCUGGAAGCUAAAAAUGUUUUGACAAAAACAAACAUUCUUUUCAGCCCAAACAUGAUCCCCUCCUUUCGCCUGAUUGGAUAUUAUUACCAUUCUGAUGGGGAGCUGGUAGCCGACUCUGUCUGGGUGGAUGUGGAGGAUGCGUGUGAGGGAAUGCUCAAGGUCACAGAAGAUGAUGUGAGCAAUUCCUACAUCCCAGGAACCUUCAUUCCACUGAAACUCGAUGUGGGAAAACAGAGAGCGAGAGUGGCUUUACUAACUGUGGAUAAAGCCAUAUAUGCUCUGAAUGCCCAGAACAAACUCACACCAAAGCAGGUCUUCGCCUCGAUGCAGUCGUAUGACCUGGGCUGUUCGUACGGAGGAGGCGUCAACACUGCUGCGGUGUUUAACGAUGCUGGGUUGGCCUUCAUUUCUGAUUCUAAAACAAUCAAAUCCCAGAUGAGGAAAGGAUUUGGCUGUGAGUCAGGAUUCAGACGCCAGAGACGUGCUAUAGACCUACAGAAGGAACUGCACGAAAAAGAAUCAAAGUUCUCUGACAGAGUGCUGCAGAAGUGUUGCCGGCAUGGCCUGGUGGUGAUCCCCAUGCAGCUGAGCUGUGAGGAGCGGAAGAGUCGGAUAGGCCAGGGGAAGAGCCGGGAGUGUGUGGAGGCUUUCCUGGAGUGCUGCCAGUUUGCAGUGAAGCUAAGGGAUAAGAAGAGGCAGGAGGAGAUGUGGAGUGGCCAUGGCAGGACUGCUGCUACCAGUACUAUUGAGGAUUUCUUUGAUAACCACGUGCAAGAAAUUCGCACGUACUUCCCCCCCAGCUUUGAAUUCAAGGUCAUUGAAGUGAAUAACAAAGCUGUACACAGACUGAUAGCUCCUGACUCCAUUACCACCUGGGAAGUCCAAGCGGUCAGUUUAUCUUCCUCACAUGGUUUCUGUGUAGCGAACCCUCUGGACAUCCGUGUGUUUAAGCAGCUGUUUCUGGCUCUAAGGCUCCCGUACUCCGUUAAACGCAAUGAACAACUAGCCAUCGUUGUGGUGAUCUACAAUUAUGGUCAAAAUAAGGAAGAGCUUGCGGUCAACAUGAAGCAGGUGGAAGGUUUGUGUUCUCCUGGAGCUCAGUCUAGUGCCUUCUACAUCAACAUCACUGUGGGUGCAGGUUCCUCCGAGACUGUCACAUUCUCUGCAGUUCCCUUGAAAGAGGGUAAAAUCCCCAUCGUUAUCCGGCUUUAUGACCGUGACAAUGAAUUUGGAGUUGAUGCCAUUGAGAAAACACUGCUGGUCAUGACAGAAGGAGUGGAGAUACGGAAGGAAGAAAGUUGUCUAAUCAAUUUGGACGGUAAAAGUGUCACAACAAGGACGAUUGAUGGAAUGUUCCCGAAUAUGACAGUACCUGACUCAGCCAAAAAUCUGUUCAUCAGACUGGAAGAUGAGGCAUUUGGUGUGGCAGCUGCUAUGCCCCUUCUGUCCCCAUCCAAUGUGGAGAAGCUGAUCCGGGCCCCUUUCGGUUGUGCCGAGCAGACCAUGAUCAUGAUGUCGCCCACAGCUUUGUCCAUCCGCUAUCUGGACAGCAGCAACCACUGGCUGGAGCUUCCAGCUGGAAUAAGAGACACUGCACUGGACUACCUAGAAAAAGCCUAUGAUAGAAUUUUGAGCUUUAAGAAGGAUGAUGGAUCAUACGGAGCUUGGAAACACUACCCCACCAGUCACUGGCUGACAGCACUGGUGGUGAAGGUGUUGUCACUUGUAGCCGAGUGUGAGUUAUCUACAAAAUCUCAGCAGCAGAUUGUCUCACAGAAGGAAAUCCGGGAUUCAGUCAAGUACCUUAUUAAAACUCAGAAUAAGGAUGGGUCAUUUAGUGACCCGCAUCCAGUCAUUCACAGAGAGAUGCAGGGUGGAAUUGGUGGAGUUGAGCAGGAUGCCUCUCUCACAGCUUUCAUAACCAUCGCCCUGAAUCACUCGCUGCCUUACCUAGAGACAGAGACAGACAUUGUGGAGGAGGCAAUCUCUCGUGCCACGGCAUUCCUUUUCUCCCGGGUUGAUGACCUACAGCGACCUUUUGCAGUGGCCAUUACAGCCUACUGCCUGUCCACAUGCCUAACAGAUCGGAAACAGGCUGAACCAGCCUGGACCAAACUACAAAGUUUGGCUACACAAGUGGGUGAGUGUAAGGUGUGGAAAGCAAAUGAGGACAUGCGGCUGGUAGGUGAAGGGAGGGGCUACCUGGUUCCAGCAACGGUGGCUCUGACAGUGGAAACCACUGCGUACGCUCUCCUCACUGCGCUGGCCUGGGGAAACCAGUCAGAGGCAAAAGCAGCGGCAUGCUUCCUUUCCUCACAGGAGAACUAUGAGGGAGGAUUUAAGUCCACACAGGACACUAUCAUGGCUUUGGAGGCUCUUUCAGAGUACGGCAUACACAAAACCGAGUCUACACCCCCCCUCGUUACCGUGCAGUUCACCACCCCCGCCGGCCGAUCAGAGAGGGAGGAACUGGUACUAAAUACCAAAGGAGAAAAGGUGGAGGUGGAGUUACAGAGGCUCUUGGGAGGAGACAUCACUGCCAAGUUUUCCGGAAAAGGAGAAGCAAAAUUCAAGGUAGUGAAGGCUUACUAUGACUUCGACCACUCUUCCAAUUGCAAUAACCUGUCAAUCAGCGUCACAGUUCAAGGCAAAGUGGAGUACACUGCACAAGUUACAGAAAACUAUGACUAUGACUAUCAGAGUGACACACCCAAAGAGAGAGAGGAGGCGGAGCUUCCACAGUCAUCCAUAGAGUGGUUUGAUGUUCGCAGCAGACGCAGACGAGACACGCGGCAGAGUUCAGAGGACACACUGGUGUAUCGUGUGUGUGUGAGUCACUCUCAGGAGCUUUCAGGCAUGUCUAUUGCUGACAUCACACUGCUGAGCGGCUUUGAACCCAACACUGAUGAUCUGGACAAGCUAAAGGACCUUGCAGAUACAUAUAUCUCUCACUAUGAGGUCUCACAAGGACGAGUUCUGUUAUAUUUCAAUAAGAUUCAUAACGCUAAUGACUGUAUCGUAUUUGAAGCUGUGCAGAAAGUGCCAGUGGGUUUAGUGCAGCCGGCCCCCGCAUCCUUCUACGACUAUUACGAGCCAGACAGACGGUGCUCUGUGUUCUACUCUGCCCCCAAACGGAGCAAACUGGUGUCUGUAAUCUGCUCAGAAGACGUCUGCCAGUGUGCAGAGAGAGGCUGUUUUACAGAAAAGAAAACAUUUGAGUCGAAGAUUAAAAAGGAGGAACGUUUCAAACACGCUUGCUACCAGCCUGUGAUGGAUUACGGUUUGGUGGUUACUGUGAAAUCACAAGAAGAAAAGGGAAACUUUCAGAUGUUCUACACCACAGUGGAUGAAGUUCUCAGAAGCAAAAGCAACACUUUGAACGAGGGUGUCAUUCAAGUGUUUGCUAAAAGAAAACACUGCAAGGGUCAGCUGGAGACAAACCACACUUAUCUGAUCAUGGGCAAAGAUGCCUCCAGUACUGCCUCCAGAGGACCGACUCAGUAUCUACUGGACUCAAAUACGUGGGUCGAGCAGGAGCCUAAACCUGACAAAUGCAAGGCAUCAGUCUACAAGCUACUCUGCAAAGGGUUUAAAGAUUUUCUGAAAAAGUACCAAACUGACGGCUGCGCCCAAUAAAGACCAGAGCACAUUAAACAGGAAUUACACCAAUAGUCAUACAGUACAUCAUUCUGUGCAUGGGGAUGAACUCGUUUAGAAUAAGGGCUGGAGAUGAACUCAUGCUUCAGAUGUUCAGAUGUCUUUUCACCACCACUGUACACUGUGCAAGAUUAUCUAGAGGAAAAGUUCAGAAAUAUUAUUUUCCAUUCUAACUGUUUAAUACUGUAAAGAAUGUUGGAUUAUCAGAUUUCUCCUUUGAUACUUGCCCUGUACACUGCAAUGACACAUAGUUAAUCAGCAAUAUUAUUAUAGAGAUAUGGGCCAUAUCAUAUAGCCCAAGUCAUACAUGUCACACAGCUAGGUUCUGCUUUGUUUGUUUGCUUGAUCUAAUUUCUGUAUUUAGUUUUACUUCAUCAAAAUAAAAUAAUAAAUCAAUUGA